AUGGCUGUCAAAUCUAAAGGAAUCAAGAGAGCCGCUGAGUCUUUCGAAAAGUCGGGCAAGAAAUCAAAAGUCGCUAAAAAGCUUCCUUCCCCUCCAUCUGAAUCCGAACCAGAAGAAGAAUCUGGUUCUGAAAGUGAUAUUUCUAUUUCUUCUGAAGAAGACGAAUUAGAUGAAUUAGAUGAUGUCGAAGAACAAAACGGUGAAGAAGAAGAAAGUGAUGACGAUGAAGACGAAGAUGAGGACGACGAAUUAGACGAAUUAGAUGAAGGUGAAGAUGAAGACAACGAAGACGAUUCAGAAACUAAAGAACCAAAGGAAGUUGAUCCAAACAAGAAGUCAUCUAAAGAACAACAUGCCGAACAAAGAAAGUUGUUAGCCGAACGUAAAUUACAAAGAAAGUCAGGUGCCGAAGUUCAACAAAUUAAGAACUUGUGGGAAAAGUUGAGAGUCACAAAACCUACUCCUCCCAAGGAAGUCCGUGAUAAAUUAUGUAAUGAAGUUUGGGAAUUAUCUAAAGAUGUCAUUACUGAUUUAGUCAUGAAACACGAUGCUUCUCGUAUUGUUCAAACUUUGGUCAAAUAUUCCAGCAAGGAAAGAAGAGAUAAGAUUGUUCAAGCAUUAAAGGGAAACUUCUACGUUUUAGCAACUUCUGCAUACGGGAAAUAUUUAUUGAUUAAACUCUUGCAUUAUGGAUCUAAAGAAUCAAAGGCAUUAAUUGUUGAUGAAUUGCACGGUAAAUUACGUAAAUUAAUGAGACACAGAGAAGGUGCUUAUGUGGUUGAAGAUUUGUUUGUCUUGUAUUCCACUGCUGAACAAAAGCAACAAAUGAUUAGAGAAUUCUGGGGUUCUGAAUAUGCUGUUUUCAGAGACUCAGGAAAAGGUAAGACCGUUUUGGAAGUGGUUAAGGAACUGUCUGAAAAGAAACAAUUGAUAAUGGCAAACUUAUACGGUACAAUCAAGGCAUCUGUUGAAAAGGGUUCUACUGGGUUCCAAAUCUUACAUGCAGCCAUGAAAGAAUACGUUUCAAUAUUAGUUGAUGAUAUUGAAGCCAAUGACUCCCAAAUUAGAGAAUUCAUAGACUUGUUGGCUGAACAAUUUGCAGAAUUAGUCCAUACACAAGAAGGUUCUGAAGUUGCAUGUAAAUUAAUCGCCGUGGCCAAUGCCAAGGAACGUAAGAUUAUCAUCAGAAGUUUGAAAUCACACAUUAAUGAGUUGAUCAAGAAUGAAUAUGGUAACUUGGUAUUGAUUACUUUGUUUAUGACUGUUGAUGAUACUGUUUUACUUCACAAGUCCUUUAUUGUUGAAGUUGUUACCAAUGAAUUGAUGCCUGAAUUGAUUCAAGACAAAUUCUCAAGAAGACCAUUCUUAUACUUGUUAAAGGGAUUGGAUGGAAAGUAUUUCUCACCUUUAGUGAAGAAUUCCUUAACCCAAUACGAACAAUUAGCUUAUAAGAAGACUUCCAAGAAGGAACAAGAAACCAGAAGAGGUGAAUUGUUAAGCAGAGCUAUCGAAUUGAUGUACAAAAGCAUUUUAUCGACCACCAAAGCUGAUGACCCAGAAAAGUCAUUCAGUAAAUUGAUGUCUGUUAAUAUGGCUGCUCAGUUCAUUACCGAAUUGAUUCUUACUACCACUAACGUUGAAAAUGUCAAUGAAACCUUGCGUCUACAAUUAGUCGAGGCUGUUUUCGAAGUAGCUGUAAAGGGAGACGUCCUUGAAGAUUUCCACUUGCUUAACAAAUCUCCAUUCAUUUCAAGAUCCUUGAAGGCAUUGAUUCAAGGAAAUGAGUUCAAAUGGGACAGCGAAGCCAAGAAAUUAGUUCACAAUGAUGGUGACAAGAUUCCAGGUGUUGGUUCUGAAUUCGCUGAAACUAUUGCCGAACACAUAUCAAGUAAUGAUGUCUUGGUUAAUUGGACCAAGGGUCAAGCUGCUUUCGUAUUGAUUUCUGUCCUUGAAGUAUUACAAUUAGCUGACGCUUCCAAGUUCAAGGAAUUGCAAAAGCAAUUAAAGAAAAACAAGAAACAAUUAUCUAAAGAAGAUAAAGGUGCUAAACUCUUAUUGAAUCUUCUUUAA